AUGAGCGGAGCUAUCGGAAACAUGGCCUUCAUGUUUGGCGCCAUGCAGGUCGCCAAGCGCAUUCCGUUUGAUGACAAGCCGGAAUACAUCGACUACGCACGUGCCGGCUACGUCACCGUCCAGCUGCUUUGCUUGGCAGUCUACUACUACUGCUCGAUCCGAGUCAAGAAGGCCAACGACUUGACCGUUAUCAAGUACGUCAACGCCAAGAACCCCAUGUCGCAGGAACCUGGUGAGCUUGUCACCACCACCAACCGCGACUACGAUCUCGCCGAGAUCUCCAAAGCUACGCGCGGUAUCUUGAUGGGCUGCGCCAUGGUCGGAUUCAUGCACCUCUACCUCAAAUACACCAACCCGCUCGUCAUCCAAUCCAUUUUGCCGCUCAAGAAUGCGCUCGAAUCCAACAUGGCCAAGAUCUGGAUCUGGGGUCAGCCCGCCACCGGUGACCUCAAGCGUCCCUUCAAGGCUCCCCCCGGUCUGUUUGGUGCUGCUGGUCAGGCAGGUCCUCAGACGGAUAAGGCUGCCAUCAAGGAAGCUGAAAAGGCCGGUUCUGGUAAGAAGGAUGAGUGA